AUGGCUGCUCUUCCGCCGGUAGCUCGCUUGUCCGUCGCGCCCAUGAUGGACUGGACGGACCGCCACUACCGCUUCAUGAUGCGCAUGAUCACCAAGGAGACGCUGCUGUUCACCGAAAUGGUGGUGGACCAGACGCUGCUGCACCAGAAGAAGAACCUCGACUAUUUCCUGGGCCACGACCCCAUCGAAGCGCCGUUGGCGCUGCAGCUCGGCGGCAAUAGCGUCGAGGAUCUCGGAGCGGCGGCGCAUCUGAGCCAGUCGUACGGCGGCUUCUGUGAGAUCAACCUGAACACUGGCUGCCCCAGCGCGCUGGUUUCGAGUCGCUGCUUCGGUGCUCGACUUAUGCUGGAGCCCGAGCGCGUGCGGGACAUUUGCGCCAGUAUGCGGCGCAACGUCGCAUUGGCUGCGGAAGAGAAUCCGGACCGUCCAGCGGCGGAAGUGACGGUCAAGUGCCGCAUCGGUGUGGACGAUUGCGACAGCUACGAGGAGCUUCAUCAUUACGUCUCCAGUGUAACGGAGGCCGGCGUGCGCCACAUUAUUGUACACGCGCGCAAGUGCCUGCUUAAGGGACUGAGCACCAAGGACAACCGCACCAUCCCGCCGCUACGCUACGAUGUCGUCUAUCGGCUGAAGCAGGACUUCCCCGAGCUGUCCUUCACGCUGAACGGCGGUGUGCAGAGCAUUCAGCACGCGCGCGAGCUGCUGGACACCACGAACGUCGACGGUGUCAUGAUCGGCCGCGCGGCGUAUAACACGCCGUGGAACUUCCGUGACGCUGACCGCCUGAUCUUCAACGCUGAGCGCAACCCAAACCUGUCGCGCCGCGAGAUUAUUGCCCGGUAUCUUGACUAUGCUGAAGGCCUGCAGGCGAAGUGGGGCUCUACCGAGCCUCUAAGCGACUCUCCCUACACCAUGGCCACAUCUGCGUUGAUGAAGCCGCUGCUGUCACUCUUCAACGGCGAGUUCGGCGGCAAGGCAUUCAAGCGUGAAAUCUCGGCGCAGUGGGCGAAGAAGGGACCCCGACCGGAGCUGCGUGAGAUGAUCGAAAGCGCCAUGAAGGUUCUACCCGACGAGGUACUCGACGCCCGUGUUGAGGACGAGCUCGUUCAGCUGCAGGUUGAAGACGCAGCUUGCAGCUAA